CGCCAACAUCUCCCGCCCUUUGAUCAACUGUUGCAUACACUCAUCUCAAUUAAGAUAUUUAUGUUUAUACUGUAUCAUCACUUUUACAUUGUUUUGGCAGGCCCAAAAAAACUGUUAAAAUGCCUGCUAUUAUUACUAGUUUUCCUGAAGAUGUGAUAGCACAGUUGGAAACACUUGAGUUAGAAUAUGAAGAGGGAGAUAUAACCAAAAAAGGUUAUUGCAGAAAGAAAUGGCAGAUUUUAAAACCUCAUGUCGAUCCAAAAUAUGUGAGCCAAAUAGAAGGCCUUCAAGCCCGUUUAGCUGUGACUGGAUUACCUGAGGAGCAGUAUUAUAAUGAUAUGGUGGCAUUAUUAAAAGAAGCACGUAAUUCUAAAGGGAACGUUAAUAGUGACUCUGAUGGCUCUGUCGAUGAUAGGGAAAUUGCUGUGGCUACUCCGGAGAAAGAAAAGGAAGUUGAGAAAGGAAAGUCUCCAGAACCAGGUUCUUCUCUAAUCUCAACACCAAAAUCAUCUAGAAAGACUUUAUCGCUGUCAAAGUCAAGCACUAAAAGUGAUACACCAAAGCGAGAAACACGAAAGUCAAAGGAAGUUAACAAGAGCACGAGUGAUCAAAAAUCCAUUGUAUCAUUUUUGGAUUCUUCAAUCGAAGAGAAUACUAGUGCCAAAAGAAAGUCGCCUGUUGAAGAAGAUCUAGUUACUAUUAAGGAAGAACCUGAAGAUCCAGAAGAGCCCACAGAUAAAAAGAAAAUUAAACUUGAAGCAAAGGAGAUAGAUGAUUCUAAAGAAAAUGUUAAAACUCCCUCAACUAAACAAAAAGUUAUUCCCAAAAAAUGUGAGAUUUGCCAUCAAUUGUUAGGCGAUUCUGACCUAAAAAUGUAUGAAGGUCACCCUCAUAACGCAGUUGAAGAAUUUAUUGCCCUGACUGACCCCAAAUUAAGUCUCUUUACUGGAGAAGAAGAUUCUGUUAAUGAAUAUGAUGCACGACCACAAAAUAAAAUUACUUAUUUCAGUAUUUAUGACAAAAAUGGUCAUUUAUGUCCAAUUGACAGAGGUCUGAUUGAACGUAAUGUUUUCUUAUAUUUUUCGGGAUAUGUCAAGCCAGUUUAUGAGGAAGAUGGUGGUACUGAAGGUGGAAUUCCUACAAAGGAUCUUGGCCCAAUCAAUGAGUGGUGGAUUUCUGGUUUCGAUGGAGGUGAAAAGGCGCUUGUUGGAUUUUCCACACCUUAUGCAGAAUAUUAUUUAUUAGAACCAAGUCCUGAUUAUGCUCCACUUAUGGAGAGUGUUAAAGAGAAAAUAUACAUGGGAAAAUUGGUUAUUGAAUUUUUACUGGAUGAAGAAAAUCCAUCAUUUGAAGACUUAAUCAACAAAAUUCAGACAACUGUUCCUCCUCCGGGGUUUCCCAAAUUAACUGAAGAGAGUUUAUUAAAACAUGCACAAUUUGUAUGUGAUCAAGUUCUAAGUUUCGAAUCAGCUUCUGACAAUAAUGACAAUUCUCUCAUCACUUCCCCUUGCAUGAGAUCACUUAUUCAUCUUGCAGGGGUGACAUUCGGAAAGAGGCAGGCUAUGCGAAGAAAUGAAAAGAAACAAUUUAAAGUAAAGAAACCUGCUUGGACAAAAGCCACGACCACUCCUCUUGUAAAGAAUGUCUUCGAAACAUUUUUUACUGGGCAAAUUGAUGCUGUGAAUGAUCAAGAUAAAGGUCCCAGAAGGAAGCGUUGUGGUGUUUGUGAAGCAUGCCAACUUCCUGAUUGUGGAACAUGUAUUCAUUGUGCUGAUAUGGUUAAGUUUGGAGGAUCUGGCCGAGGAAAACAGGCUUGCAUUAAAAGAAAAUGUCCCAACAUGGCUGUCCAAGAAGCUGAUGAUUCAGAACCAGAGGAUGAAGAUAGUUAUCAGCAAGCAGCUGAGGAAAUGGCUAUAAAUGAGGUUAAAACCAGACAGAACAGAGCUGCUAGUGGUAAAAAAGUUGUUGAAUGGAUUGGAGAAUUUACUGUUGAUGAUGGAAGAAGAAUUUUUUAUAGUUCUGCUAAGGUUGGCGAAGAAACUGUUAAUGUUGGUGACUGUGUAAGUGUAGAACCUGCCAAUCCUGCCUCACCAGUUGUAGUUGGCCGUGUUAUGUAUAUGUGGGAAAAUAAGUUUACCCAGAAGUUCAUGCAUGUACAAUGGUAUUGCCGAGGUAGUGAAACAGCGUUGGGAGAAACUGCUGAUCCUCAAGAACUUUUUGCCAUUGACGAAUGUGAAAAUUCCUUGUUAAGUGGUAUUUCAAGUGUGGUAAAAGUUCAAAUCAAAAAACAUUCUGCAUCAUGGGCUGCAGAAGGACUAAAUCUUCAUGCUCUCUCUGAGGUUCCGAAUGAAAAGUGUUUUUAUGUUUCUCAAAGAUAUAAUGAAGAAUUUGGAAGAUUUGAAGAUCUAUUACCAGAUCCUAUUUGUGCUAAUAAAGCAGUCGAACACAGAUUUUGUUUUGCCUGUGAACGUACUUACCGUCAACAGAAAUUUGAAAAUCCUUAUGUCGAAGACAAAGUUGAAGAUGAAACUGAAAAGAAAGAGAUAAAAUAUGGAGUUGUUCGCUGGCGAGGAGAGGAAUAUCGUCCAGGUACUUGUGUCUUCCUUACACCUUCUACUUUCCAUUUUAAAACAUAUGGAAACGUAUUCAAAGGCUUCAAAAACUCUAAAUCCGAAAAGAUCGAUGAAGAUUUGUAUCCUGAAUUUUACCGUAAAAGUUCUGAUCAUAUUAAAGGUUCUAAUGUUACAACACCAGAUCCAUUUUGCAUUGGUUUGAUUAAAGAAAUAGUUACCAAUUCCCGAGAUAAACUGGUUGCACCAAGAGAUAUAUGCAUCAGGGUACUAAAAUUCUACAGACCUGAAAAUACUCGUGGGAUUCUUUCACAGACUCAUCAUUUGGAUUUAAAUAAGAUUUAUGCUUCAGAUGAAGAGGUUUUAGUCAAUUUUGCGGAUGUUACUGGAAGGUGCACUGUAGUUUAUAGUGAAAAUUUGAAUGAGGAUCCUUUUAUGUGGUCUAAAGAAGGCCCAUUCAGGUUCUAUUUUUCAGAGGCAUAUGAUUCAACAAAUCAAACAACUACAGAACCUUCAAAAUUAGCAAGGCAGUUAGGAGAUGUUGGAAAAGGCAAAGGAAAGGGAAAAGGUAAAACAGAAAAGAAGAAAAUUGAAAUUGAAUCUUGGCCUAACAUUUCAAGACCAUUAAACUGUCUUGAUGUAUUCGCUGGAUGUGGAGGACUUUCUGAAGGAUUACAUAUUAGUGGAGUUGCUGAAACAAAGUGGGCCAUUGAGAAAGAAGAAUCCGCAGCUAAUGCUUUCCGGAUAAACAAUCCUAAUUGUGUAGUGUUCACGGAAGAUUGUAAUCACCUUCUUAAAAUGGUUAUGAAUGGCGAGAUGAAAAAUGAUAAAGGCCAGAAACUACCACAGAAAGGGCAAGUUGAAUUACUUUGUGGAGGACCUCCUUGUCAGGGUUUCAGUGGAAUGAAUAGAUUUAAUUCCCGCCAGUAUUCUCUCUUCAAAAAUUCCCUGAUUGUUUCGUACUUGUCAUAUUGUGACUACUAUCGUCCUAGGUUUUUCAUUUUGGAAAACGUAAGGAACUUUGUUUCCUUUAAGAGAAGUAUGGUUUUGAAACUUACUCUAAGAUGUCUUGUUAAAAUGGGUUAUCAAGUCACAUUUGGCAUUCUUCAGGCUGGUAAUUAUGGAGUUCCUCAGACAAGGAGAAGGGCUAUCAUUCUCGCAGCUGCACCAGGAGAAAUCUUACCAAAAUAUCCGGAACCUCUACACGUAUUCAAUCCUCGGGCUACUCAGUUAUCUGUCAUGAUAGAUGAUAAGAAGUUCUUGUCGAAUUGUAGGUGGAUCGAUUCUGCUCCUUAUCGAACUGUAACAGUAAGGGAUGCUAUGUCCGAUUUGCCUGAAAUCAGAAACGGUUUCAAGGAAGAAGAAAUGCCAUAUGGUGGAGAUCCUCUGUCACAUUUUCAGAAAUCGGUUAGAGGAGAUACUUAUCAGGCGAUGCUUCGAGAUCAUAUUUGUAAGGAAAUGAGUGCACUUGUGGAAGCUAGAAUAGCACAGAUACCCACUGCUGUCGGCUCAGACUGGAGGGAUUUACCAAAUAUCGUUGUUAAACUAAGUGAUGAUACCUAUACAAAAAAACUUGUGUACACACAUCAUGAUAAAAAGAAUGGGAAGUCUAAGUCUGGUAAUCUAAGAGGAGUAUGCUCUUGCGCUAAUGGUAAACCUUGUGACCCAAUGGACAGGCAGUUCAAUACCCUCAUCCCUUGGUGCCUACCACACACUGGAAACAGGCACAAUCACUGGUCUGGCCUCUAUGGCCGUCUGGAAUGGGAUGGUUUCUUCAGUACGACAGUUACCAAUCCUGAGCCUAUGGGAAAACAGGGAAGAGUUCUUCAUCCUGAACAGACGAGAGUAGUAAGCGUUCGGGAAUGUGCAAGAUCACAAGGUUUUCCUGACAGAUAUAGAUUUUAUGGAAAUAUUUUGGAUAAACAUAGACAGGUAGGAAAUGCUGUUCCUCCUCCUCUUGGAGCUGCAGUAGGUCGUGAAAUAAGGAAAUGUCUGUUUAUCAAAGAAAAGAUGUCCUCUGGUCUCCAAGAUGUAAAGAUUCCUACUGAAAUCCAAGAUGUAAAGAUGGACACAGAAAUCCAAGAUGUAAAGAUGGCAAUUGACUGAUUUAUAUUAUUUUAUUACUUUUAACUUGUUAACUUUUAAAUAAUUUUAUGAUUAUUUUGUUGGCAUCUAAAAAAACCUUUUAAACGGUACACAUUUAAGCAUUGUUUGAAAUCAUAUUUUGAUCAUUAAAUCAGAAGUGCUUAUAAAUUUUAUGUGAUUAGAACUAUAUGUGAGCUUGUAGAGCUUUGAAUGUAUAUAUGUUAAUAGUAAAUAUAUGUAUGUAAUGUAACAAUAUUUUUAAAUUACUGGUUAAUAUCGGUAUUGUAAAUGUAAAAUUUUAAUUAUGAUAAUGACUGUUUAAAUGUUAGUUUAAAUUAAUUUAUUACUACUGGUGUUUAAAAAAAUAUGUAGUAAAGGCAUGAAAUUCUUUUUUAGAAAAGUAUGAUAUUUUUAAUGUUUAACACUGCAAAACAAACUGGGUUUGGACCACAGAUUUAUAAAAAAUCAUCUGUAUAUUUAUUUUAGAUUGAUUAUUAUAAUAAAUAUCAUAACUCAGUAUGGUUAUAAUUAUUGGUGUUUCCAGAUUAUUUAUUGGUAAUCUUUAACAUGUCUGUUUUUGUUAAACUGUGUAAAAAAUUGUAUUAUUACUGGUGAAGAAUUAAACAGAUAUAUAAAAAAAUAUAUUAUAGUAAAAAUCCAUAUAACCUUUAAAAUUUCUUUUAUUGAUUAGUUACACAAUUAAUUUAAUUAUGACUGAAUAUUAGAAAUAUAUGAUUUACAAAAUAUAGCUUUUUGCCCCUUUUAUUGCUAGGAACAAAUAUUUUUAAAAUAACUAGUUAUAUUUUAUAAUUCAUAUAAAUAAUUUUGGAAUAUAAAAUUUACUCUGUAUUUUGAAUUCCUUUGUUAAAAAGAGAUUUUAUUAUGAAUUAUUUAUUUUUUAA